GAAGAGGUCUUUGGGAGCAGAAAAGUGACUAGACAAUUGGCACUGUUUACUUCAAUCACGGGAAUUGCCAUUGAGUUUGAAAACAUAAAGAUCAUCCUUGAAGCAGAACUUCAUCGUCCUCCCCGCACCUCCAACUAAACCGACUUGUCGCUAUGCUCAAAAAGACAUUCUCGUCGGCGCUCCCUGCCAUUGAGCGCCACCAGCAACAGCAGCAAGCCCGCGCGUUUUCCGUUUCGACCUUGCGCCAGGAACAGGAGAAACACGGCGAAAACAACCAAGACACGGCUUCCAACAAGAGGGCACCUUAUCGCACGGCACGCUAUCUCCUUGAGAUCGCAGAGCGUCAGCAGAGGGGCCGUGGCAAUUUCCGAGAUGGACCGGGCCCAACUGCAGGGGCCCCUGAUCGUCGUUCCAACUUUAGACGUUCACCCAGGUCUUCAGGCGAGGAGUCUUCAAACAACACCAGCGGCAACAGGGCUUCCGGCUCUCGCUUCCAGCCUCAACCCACAAUUGCCUAUAACACUACCAAGGAGCUGCAGUUUGCUGACAAAAUCGAUUGGGAAGUCACAUCCGUCACUUCGUCUCGUCCUCUUUACGCCAACGUUGCUGCCGGUCGCGGGAUGAUUGCACCCCUCGGAACUGCUGCCAUAAACAGCACCGACUACAACCCAAUUCUUCCAGGCACAGUCUUUUCGGCGCAUGUUACAGGUGUCCGUGCCGACGGCGAUCUUGAUCCCGAAGUGGAACAGGGUCUGAUCCAGGACUUGGCGGCGAUCCAAGACGAUAAGGACAAGGAUCAUCGUAAGAAAUCGGACGUCUCGGUCGAGAACCAGCCGUUCUUGCUCCGCAUGACACAGAACUAUCAAGAGAUCAUCAACCCUCGCAACGCCAUUAACCGGUUCAACAACGGAAAACUGGGUCAUGUCGCUAACAUCAAGUAUGAGACAGGAUCAGACGAGGUCAGCGGUACAGGCGACCAGCAAGCAGAGAAGUCGUGGAAGCGUUUGGAGCGUUUGGGAGGCGAUUAUACCAGACCAAGUGCUCCCUUUUCAUUACUGAGAUCGAGCAAGGGUGGCGAGAACGGUCAGGUGUUGCUGAGUAACGUUAGCCAGCUGAUUGGCCAGAACCAGAGCAUAGGAUUGGAGGAUAAGAAGAAGUUUCUGAAGGCGGUCGAGAAGGGUUUGGGUGGAUAUUAACAUUGUGACCGGGACCAAGGGAGCGAUACGAAAAUUAUACAUAGACAGAUCGCGAUUUGCAUUAAAAAAAAAA